ACAAGGAGGAAAAUGUUGGUGAAAGAAGGAGCUGGGAGUAAGGUGGACAACUUCCAGAGGUGUGAUGGGAACAAGCCCGGAGAUGGAUCUACAAGCUGGAGUAGGACUUUGCCCAGUGUUUUGGCUUUGGUGGUGUCUCUUUUCUCUCUAGCAUCCUGUCUGUACCUGAAUGUGAAGAGCAGCGAUCUGCAGGACAGGAUGUGGGCUAUAGAACAUGGCAAGUCUGGGGAGAUCUUCCAUGUGCCUGGAUUAUCUGUGGAUCAGCUCAACUCCAUAGUCCAAGAGAAGGUGGACCAGCUUCUGUCCCAGAGGUCAUAUGAACACAUGGCAAAAAUACGAAUCUCAAGAGAAGUGCCGGCAGAUUGUAACUGCCCAGCAGGCCCUCCAGGACAAAGAGGCAAAAGAGGUAGACGAGGUGAACCUGGACCUCCUGGUCAACCUGGAACUCAAGGUCCUCCUGGUCCCAAGGGUGACAAGGGAGAUCAAGGUGAUCAGGGCCCUCGGAUGGUGUUUCCUAAGAUCAAUCACGGCUUUCUUUCUGCUGAUCAGCAGCUCAUUAAACGCCGCCUCAUUAAGGGUGACCAAGGACAGGCAGGGCCACCAGGUCCACCUGGUCCUCCUGGACCACCAGGGCCUAGAGGUCCACCAGGUGACACCGGUAAAGAUGGACCAAGAGGAUUAUCUGGAGUUCCAGGAGAGCCAGGACAACCAGGUGAACCAGGCUUAGUCGGUCCAAUGGGGCCUCCUGGACAAAAGGGUUCCAACGGAGACUCAGGAACUCCAGGACUUGACGGGCAAAAGGGGGAUCUAGGUGCACCUGGAUUGGAUGGCAUACAGGGGAUAAAGGGUGAUCAAGGAGAAAGUGGUGAAAAGGGUGACAUGGGUGAAGCUGGUCCUAAAGGUGACACAGGAGGAAAGGGAGAUCCAGGGUCCUCAGCUGCUGGCAUCAAGGGGGAGCCUGGAGAAUCAGGACGUUCUGGGCAUAAGGGUGAACCAGGGCUUCCUGGGCUACCUGGGCUUCCUGGAAUAAAGGGCGAACCAGGAUUCCUUGGGCCUCAGGGAGAACCUGGCCUACCAGGCCUGCCAGGAACUAAGGGUGAACGUGGAGAGCUUGGUCCUCCAGGAAGAGGAGAAAGAGGUCUUCCAGGAAUUCUAGGCCCAAAAGGAGAACCAGGGGAAUCUGGCUCUAGAGGCCCGAAGGGGUCCAAGGGUGAAUCUGGGAGCAGAGGUGAUGCUGGUCCAAUUGGUCCUAGAGGACCUCCAGGACAAAAGGGAGAUCAAGGUGCCACAGAAAUUAUAGAUUACAAUGGAAAUAUUCAGGAAGCAUUGCAGAGGAUUACCGCCAUUACAGUUACGGGACCUCCUGGACCACCUGGGCUACCUGGUUUGCCUGGACCAAAGGGAGAUGGAGGCCCUAUUGGACCUCCAGGAGUUGAUGGGGAGCAGGGUCCUAAAGGCUCCAAAGGAGAUCAUGGCGAGUCUGGUAUAACUGGAGAGAAGGGAGGAAUUGGCCUUCCUGGAUUACCAGGUGCAAAUGGGAUGAAGGGAGAAAAAGGAGAUCAUGGUGCAGCUGGGCCUCAUGGAGCUUCUAUCAUUGGCCCUCCUGGCCCACCAGGGCCUCAUGGCCCCCCAGGCCCAAUGGGACCACAUGGAUUGCCAGGUCCAAAGGGCACAGAUGGUCCACUUGGUCCUCCUGGUCCAGCAGGUCCAAAAGGUGACCGGGGUGAAAAAGGAGCUGUUGGUGAUCCAGGACCAAGAGGACCAUAUGGUUUACCUGGUAAAGACGGGGAACCAGGUCUUGAUGGUUUUCCGGGUCCUCGAGGAGAUAAAGGUGACCCAGGAGAAAGGGGAGAAAAGGGUUUCCGUGGAUUAAAGGGGGAAAAAGGGGAACCAGGUCAGCCUGGCCUGGAUGGGCUGGAUGCCCCUUGCCAAUUGGGACCAGAUGGGCUUCCAAUGCCUGGCUGUUGGCAAAAGUGACAAGUCUAACCAUGCAAGCAUGAAGUUGUAAAUAAUUAAAACUGUGUAUUUAUAGAUAAACAUUUAAAAGAAUUACAUCAUACGUUUACAUAUACCUGCUUCUACAUGUCCAUCAUUUGUCUUCUUGCACAAGCUAUUUGGCAGUAGUAAACACUGCUGAUGGAAUCUUCAGAUCUGUGGAGUUACUUGACCAUAAGUUUAUAUGACACUUUAUAUCAGUGCUUAGCUCAUAUACAUCAAUAUGCUUGGCUUGUAAAUGUCAUGAAAGACCACGUGUCAAAGACAUAUCUCCAUAUAAUGACAAAUAAUUCUUAUUGCAACUCAUUUCCAACUGAACCCCCAUGCCAAAUAGUACCAGUGAUCUGUGUCGUCUCAAUGUUUGUACAGACUAAUGACAUGCAUGA